GUAGGAUUUUUAGGUGGAUGCAGGCCAUUUAUAGGUUUAGAUGGUUGUCACAUAAAGCACAGAUUUGGUGGGCAAAUCUUAUCUGCCACUGCCAAGGAUGCAAAUGACAACAUUUUUCCAGUAGCCAUGGCUGUUGUGGAACAAGAAAUCAGGGAGUCUUGGAUAUGGUUUUUGGAAAUUUUUGCUGAUGAUAUAGGGAGGCCAGAGGAGCUUCAGUUGGUCUUCAUUUCUGAUAGGCAAAAGGGGCUUAUACCUGCAAUAGAGACACUAUUCCCUACCGUGGAGCAUAGAUACUGUGUGAAACACAUCUACAACAAUUUCAAAGUUGAUCACAAGGGAUUGGAGCUGAAGGAUGCAUUGUGGAGGUGUGCUGCUGCCACAACAGUAAGGGAGUUUGAGAGAUGCAUGCAGUACAUAAGGGAUUUGGAUGAAAAGGCAUAUGAGUAUCUUGCAAACAUUGCACCUACAUAGUGGACAAGGUCACACUUCACUCCUAGGGCCUUAACAGAUUGUUUGGUAAAUAAUUUGAGUGAGUCUUUUAAUGCAAUGAUAUUGAAGUCUAGGGACAAGCCUAUCUUGGCAAUGUUGGAGUGGAUUAGGGUUAGACUUAUGACUAGACUUUACACAAAAAGGGAAGGGAUACAGAAGUAUGUUGGAAAGUUGUGUCCAAGCAUACAAGAUAGGUUGGAGAAAUUGAAGGUUGA